GAUGUUGACAUUAAAUCAGCUGUGUGUGGCUGUCUGAUUGUCUGUCUUCUGUGUUGUCACAUCAUAUUAGACUGCUAGGAUUACUGACUGAAAGAAAACUAUCUAAAUUUAAAUAUUUUAUCAUUCGUCUUUACAGUUUUUUCAUUGAAAUACUCAAUCAGGUUGUUAUGGAAAUGCUGUCAAAUAGUGACAACUUAUUUCUUAACAAAUGCGAAUAGAUGCUUCAGUUGCUGUUCUGUUUUGCACAUUCUCUCAUGGUAUACCGGAAUAGUUGAGGCUAUCAAACAUCCAGGGCGGAGCAACCAGGAUAGAAUGGAAAGAGUAAUGGCAUUGAAGACUACCGUACUGGAUGAGCAACACUGAACCUCUGAGUCACCACAGAUAUAUCUAGUGUCCAAUCUGGAUCAACUUCGGAGUUCCAUUAACAGCAAAACUACUUCCCACACUAUUCCAAGUGAAAAUGUGUUACACUUUUACUGUCAAAUAGUUGAAAAACUUUUGAGAUAUGCAUUUAAAAUUCAUUGAAUUAAAUCAUGCUAGUCUGAAAGUAACAAUCUCUAGACUGAUAUAAGGUUUCAACUAGCAGCUUCUUUGAAAUCAAUUUUUUUAGUAAGACUUUUAAUGUAAGUUAGCUUAUCAACUCAUGUUAAUGAGUAGUAAAUGUUAACUGUGUAGUAGUUGAAAGUGUUUGAGUAGUGUCAACUAUUUCGUUAUUGUAAGUUUUUGCAAGAUGACAGUUGAUCAUACAGUAACCAUGAAUGCCAGGAAGUUAAGAUUUCUGAAAGUGACCAGCUUGGUUGUGCUGACUUUGCAAAACUCCAUUCUGGGUCUGAGUAUGCGUUACGCUCGAACUCGACCGGGAGAACUAUUCCUCUCUUCUACCGCCGUUCUUAUGUCAGAACUCACCAAACUUGUCCUUUGUCUUGUGUUCGUUUUCUUCGAAGAGGAGAAAAACUAUGAACGCUGGCUGAAUAAGUUACACAGCAUCAUUAUCAAACAACCGAUGGAUACGCUCAAAGUUUGCAUUCCGUCUUUUGUUUAUAUUUUGCAGAACAAUUUAUUGUAUGUAUCCGCUUCACAUUUGGACGCAGCUACUUAUCAGGUUACUUAUCAGUUGAAAAUUUUGACAACGGCUGUAUUCGCUGUGGUGAUGCUUAAACGUACUCUACCCCUACAACAGUGGGUGGCUCUCAUAGUGCUAGUGUUGGGCAUAGUUCUAGUUCAACUAGCCAGCUCUUCUGAUUCGACUUCUCGCAGUAGUGAUUUGGAGCAGAAUCGAUUGAAGGGGUUCGCUGCCGCUCUUACAGCUUGCAUGCUAUCUGGCUUUGCUGGAAUUUAUUUUGAAAUGAUACUCAAGGGUUCCAACAUUUCAAUUUGGAUGAGAAACGUGCAGCUGAGUCUCCUUUCGUUGCCCAUAGGAAUGAUAACGUGUUUUGUGAGUGACUAUGAGAAAAUACUGAGCCAUGGCUUUUUCGUCGGCUAUGACCUGUUUGUGAUUUAUCUAAUCUACCUUCAAGCGAUUGGAGGAUUAGUGGUGGCAGUUGUCGUCAAGUACGCUGACAACAUACUCAAAGGUUUCGCCACAUCCUUGGCAAUUGUCCUGUCAAGUGUCGGUUCCAUCUAUUUAUUCGAUUUCAGUCUAUCUUAUCAGUUCAUUCUGGGCUCAGUCCUUGUCAUGGUCUCUAUUCUGCUGUAUAAUGUCAGUCCAUCUAAGAAAGUGCAACGACCUACUAGUGACGUAGGCAAAGUUUAAAUCUUAUAGAUUUUUGUAAUUUAAUAUUUAUUAACUGAUAGAUUAUUAUUAUUUAUUGAUGAAAUUGUCUUGAACGUCACAAUAACUGAAUAAAUUUUAUAUGUUUUUUCUA